CACGAUGCUACCUAGGUACGUUGGAGAACAUAUGCCGGCGGCCCGCCUAUUGGCUGUCUGGUUUACAUAUGUAUAAAAGAGCAGUACGCCCGAACCCCAUUGCAAUCGCCUCUUAGUCCCUUCUGUCCUCGGCACUCAUUAUGAAGUCACAUAUUAUACUCGCUCCGCUUCUUCAUUGGGGCGCCCUCGCCUCGGGGCAUCUGGCGUCAGACCUGUCCGGCAGUCUCCUCGUCGACGUCGCCCCAGACAACGUCCGGCCCUACGUCCUCCCCAGAUUCAAGGGUCGCGCCAUCAAGCUCACCCGGUCAGACAUCAUCCGCUUCGCCAUCACAUCCAACUCCACCGAUGGCGCCUUCUCCAUGGUCCAGCACAACGGCAAGACUUCCGGCUGGACCGUCGCCCGGCCGCAUACCCACCAGCAGGUCCACGAGCACUUCUACUGCCAGCGGGGCCGCACCGAGCUGUGGGCGCAGAAGAACGCCACCGGCGCCAGCCACGAGGCGCGCGUUGCUACCGCCGGCGACUACGGCAGCGUCCCGCCGGGGACCAUCCACACGUUUCAGCUGGUCGACCCGGACAGCCAGCUGAACCAUAUCUUCCACCCCGGCGGGUUCGAGCACCUAUUCGACGUGUUCAGUAUUGGGGACUACGAAUCUGUUGUUGGCUCCCCGUACGUACCGCUGGCCGACGAUCCGGAGCCGUUCAGCCCGCUCACGCCCGAAGUCGACGCCCAGCUCCGCAAGCUGGACCUCAUCGCUGCACCCGCGGAGGACUACAAGCCCAGGCGAGACAUGGUCAACGGGACAGCCGGGGAUGCCGGACUGCCUUGGCAUAAUGGGUUAAACACGCUUCCCGAAGAUCCAACGGAGCCGUAUUUUGUUGCCCACAAUUACGGUCCAGCUUAUCUCAACACGGAGAUUGGAUAUAAAGUUGUCCAGCCACUCGUAACCCCCGCGCAGACAGCUGGCAACUUCACCAUGGGCACAAUUAUCCUUUCUCCAAGGCUCGAGAAUGAAACAGCAACAACAGUCACGCUGCCCCAUCACUUUGCCCUAGAGCUCCAGGAGGGCCAGCUGGUCCUAUUGGUUGAUGGUUUCGACACGGUGAGCCUACUCCAGGGAGAUGUGGCCUUCGUUCCUGCCGAGACAUCCUUCUCCUUUCAUGCUACAGUCCCUUUUACAAAGUUUCUAUACAUGAAUGGUGGGGCAGAAGGCCUGGAUCGGAUACUACUGGACAAAAGCAUUCCUUGGGGAUUCCCGGCUUACCCGCCCUAUGCUGGCUUUCAAAAUGGCACCUAGACAACAUCGAGGCUUCAUGUGUAAUCUCUACAGGUCGCAAAGACAACUUGCACGGCACAUAGGGCCCCAAUUAGAAAAGUUCGGCACUACAAAAGUAUUAUAGGGAACAGAGCAGUAUCGGGGAUCGCACCAUUUAUUCAACUACAACAUUGGACAGAAUUGUAGGUUUGCAGCGGAAUGUUUUU